ACAGACACACACACUGUCACUCGCUCUCUGUCUGUUUCUGCUACACACACACACACACACACACACAUAUAUACACUGUAUUACAGUGGAAUCCGCCUUGCUUUGAGAUCCAAGCUCUGCUAUUGGGAGCAGGAAAAAUAUAGGAAAUCUAGCACGGAGCAGAGGGAUCCUCCACAUCUCCACAUCUGUUUUGGAUGCUCCAAAUGAGUGUACCUGCAGCAACGGCACAGAAAUCAGACGGCAACAACAGUGAAAUGCAAUCAGCUGCAGUGGCUCCCUCUUUCCUCCCCAGCCAGUCGGGGAAGAUACCGGGCAGGAAGAGAGGGAGACCCCCACUCCGCAAUGUCGCCAAGAUGGAUUUUCCCAACCGUUACCCAGAAUCGCUGCCUCCGCUCAAAGUGCCAAAGAAGAGGGGGAGAAAGCCGGGCUUCAAGCUCAAACCCAGGAUGGUGAUGACACCGUUGGCUAUUUCUCCACCCAGUAGCACCCCAGAGCCAGAUAUGAGCUCCAUCCCUCAGGAUGCAGCCACCAUCCCUCACUCUGCCACGCCCCAGGUGCUCACAGUGUGUAUCUACAUCAACAAGCAGGCCAACACGGGCCCCAACCUGGACAGGAAGAAGAUCCAGCAGCUCCCCGAUCACUUUGGUCCCGACAGGCCCUCGGUGGUUCUGCAGCAGGCCGUCCAGGGCUGCAUCGACAGCGCCUUCCAGCAGAAAACAGUGUUCACUCUCCUCACACAAGGCUACGGGGGAGAAAAAAUAUCAGCCACGUUUGACGGGAAGCAGCACCUUCUGAGCCUCCCUGUGGUGAACAGUAUUGACUAUGUGCUUCGUUUUCUGAAGAAACUCUGUCGCAGCUUGCACUGUGAGAACCUCUUCAGUGAUCAGCCCAUUACCCAGCACAGUGGCCGCUCCUACCAGUCAGAUGCUGAGACAUCCAUGGCCGAUGACUACCACUUAGACCAGUCAGACGGCAAACGCUACUCCUUGGACCCUGGCGAUUCUGCUUUCAGCUCCAUAAGCUCGUCCUACUCGCCAAAGUCCUCCUACGGGUUCCGUUCAUCACAGCAGUUCUCCAACGGCUCAGCCUCCAUGAGCAUGUGCAGGCAGUCGUCAACCAGCCCAAGCACAUUCCCAGAGAGCAACAGGACAGGAGGAUAUAAUGCAUCUUCAGAGUCCCAGGAGUCCAAAGCUCCGCCCAAUAAGGAUCCAACCACCUGGUCUGUGGAAGAUGUUGUCUGGUUCAUCAGAGACGCAGACCCACAGGCUCUUGGCCCUCAUGCGGACGUCUUUAGAAAACAUGAGAUUGAUGGAAACGCGUUGUUACUCCUGAAGAGCGACAUGAUCAUGAAGUACCUCGGACUGAAGCUGGGGCCGGCCUUGAAGCUUUGCUACCACAUCGACAAACUAAAGCAGACAAAGUUCUGAAAUCUCCUUCCCUCUUGAAUCCAAGUUGUUUGAGUUUGAGUAUAGGGUCAUGCCUGGGGUCUCAUGUCCCCAAGCGGAAGGUAUGUCACUUUCUUCAGGGUCCCAGGAGUGGGUGUCACUUCCUUUUCUACCAAAAAAAUAUUUAAAAAAAAAUUUGCUUCUACUUUUUAUUUAUCUCCUUUUCGUAAAGAAGAAACGGUAAUGUAAUUUUUGAAUUGAUAAGGUAAUAGCGAAGAAAUCCAAGAAAGCCACUCAAAGAAUUAAAUGUCCAAGGGAAAAAAUAGGCUCCACCUUAAUGCUUCAUGGUGAUAUUAUAGGGCUAAUGUAAAUCUUCUCCAACAUCACCUGCAGUUUAUGCGAUGUCAACAAUGCUGUAUUUUUUGAUAUUCUUAUUUUUCACAGCUAACACACUAUACGCACUUUAACUUUAACACUUCUUAAAGCUGCAAUUACAGAGUUUUUGGCCACUUGGGGGCAGUGGAACUUGCUAUCAAACAGUUAACAGCCGUUAUGGACUUACAUUAUUUGGUCUCAUUUGGUGCUUCACUUGACGAAUGUAUUUUUGGUCCAUAUUGGAAAUUGUUUGUUGUUUAGCUUUCAGCAGCUAUGGUCUUAACUGUCUAAGUACUGUUUGGUCCUGUGUGCAUCGGGUUUUUAAACAUUUUCACUGAAAACAGACGUCUACUGAGGCUUAAAACAACACUAAGCGAACAGGGAUGGGAGUGGAAACUCACUGUAAAACCCAAAUAGCCAAAGCUACGCUAAGACGAGCCGCAGAUUCAGGUGACAAUUCUUUGUUUCCUCAAUUUGAGCAUCGUGCUGUCACAUUUUUACACUUUGUUAUGAUAAAAUAAAUGUUAGCCAUUCUUAGCAAACUCUGUGAAUGUUUUAAAUCUGAUUAAAUAAAAGGAGAAAGUGACGUCCUUUAGUUCUGGGGACCCUGAAGGAAGUGGCGACCCUACUCUGAGCUGAGAGCUACAGUCAGACUCUUUUAGUACAGAUUUCGUUUUUAAGAUUCCCAUUUAAAAUUACUUACGCUACUUUUGUCGGUGACUUUGAAUUAAAAACCUUCAGAUUAUGGAAUACAUCCACAGGAAACAUGUUAUAUAGAUUCCUUAUCUGACCAGAAAUGUAUAACAGAAAACAUUUUUUACCUUAAGACGACUUUCAAUUGUCAGAUUUCACCACAGGAUCUUGUUUACUCGUGUUUAUCAAGAUGAAAACAUAUCUAUGACUCCACUGAAAAUGGUGCAUUACAUUUUACAUUGCUUUUUGAUUGAGAGAUUUAGAAAAUCAUUUUGAUACUAUUUUUUCACAUUUCUGUGUAACAAAAAAAUACUUUCCCUGUGGAUGGGUCCUUCUUUCAAUUAUAAUUUUAACAUGUAAAAGACUGUAUAACCUAAACAAAAUAUAGAAAGAAAGUAGCUCUCUUGUUCCUAUACACAAAGUAAAAUGAGAGCAUGUGAACGUGAUAUAUUUAUGUUUCAAUAUGCAAGAUUGUUACAUGCCAAUUAUCUCUCCUCAUGUAUACUCAUUAGAACAUUUUUUAUUUUUAUGGGUUUAUAAGUUUUUAUCAAGCAUCAGUGUUGAUACCGAAGUCGUCAGAACACGCAAAUCACAUAAAUGUGACACUAAGAAAACCUAAAUGGCGAUGUAAAUGGGUAUAUAAUAUAAUAUUGCUUUUGUAUACCACUUUCGGUGUACAGUAUGCAUCCUUUUUAAUCAAUUAACCUUUGUAAGUGAAUGCUGCUGUAAAGAAAUUACAUGUAAGCCAUGCCUAGUGAGAACAAGCUGAGGUGUUUUAUUUUGAAAAUCACUAUGAGUAAGAGUUUUAGAUAAAAGCUGAGUGGAUCAGUCCUCUACGCUGGUGCUAAAAGUUAUCUACGUAUUUAAGUGUUUGCUUUUGUGUCUGUGAGAUGUAAAGGAUAUCCUGUGUGUAUACUGUUACUGUAUGUGAGUAUUAAAUUAAGAAAUCAAGUAAUCAGAGCUUA